UGUGUAUCCCAAACAAAGCCUUAGCAUAAAAAGGGAGAAGUGGUGCUAUGAACACAACAAGAACAAAAAAGAAUAGAAGAAAGAAACGUACAAACAUAAAGAGAAAGGGAGUCAGCUCGCGGUGAAGGGGAGUAUAAUUAGGAGCCGUUAGACUUCAACCAGUUCACCUCCAUCUUCUUGCCUUCAAUGAAACAAACAAUGGAUAUCACCAAAGAAUCCACAGCUGAAAGUAAAGUGGAUUAUGACCGGACAAAAGAGCUGAAGGCUUUUGAUGACUCAAAAACCGGUGUCAAAGGGCUAAUUGAUGCCGGGGUGGACAAAGUCCCUAAAAUAUUCAUUCGACCACCGGAUGAACUUGUUGAGGAGUUGAAAAUUUGCCAGACCAGCUUACAAAUUCCUAUCAUUGAUCUGAGUGGUAUUGAAAAAGAAGAUAGGCACGAGGCGGUUGUCCAGGAAGUUCGAAUUGCAUCAGAGAAGUGGGGAUUUUUUCAAGUGGUGAAUCAUGGAAUCCCCUGCAGUGUGUUGGAUGAAAUGAUUGAUGGUAUACGAAUGUUUCACGAACAAAAUCCUGAGGUAAAGAAAUCAUACUAUACGCGUGAUCAGAUGAGAAGAGUGAGAUUGGAAACCAAUUAUGAUUUGUUUCAGUCAAGAGCUGCGAAUUGGAGGGACACUUUGAGCAUCUCCAUGCUGGUUUCUGAUCAUCUUGACCCAGAAGAAGUUCCCACUGCUUGCAGAGCUUCAGCAAUUGAGUACAUUAAGAAUGUUACUAAGUUGGGAGAUACUCUGUUUGAGUUAUUAUCAGAGGCUCUUGGCCUCAAACGUGACCACUUAACAGCCAUCGAAUGUGGUGGAGGUCGCAGUUUUUUGGGUCACUACUAUCCAGCAUGCCCAGAGCCAGAGCUAACUUUGGGAGCUAGCAAGCACUCUGAUCCUGCAUUCCUAACUGUAGUGCUACAAGACCAGCUUGGAGGCCUCCAAGUCAUGCAUCAAAAUCAAUGGGUUGAUGUUCAACCAAUUCAUGGAGGUUUGGUUGUUAAUAUUGGUGAUCUUCUCCAGAUAAUAUCAAAUGACAAGUUUAGAAGUGUGGAUCAUAGAGUGCUUGCCAACAAUGUUGGACCAAGAAUUUCUGUGCCAUUCUUUUUUAGUGGUGCUUUUGCAACUCCAAAGCUGUAUGGCCCAAUCAAAGAAUUGAUAACAGAACAAAAUCCUCCUCUGUAUAGGAAUUUUCUGGUAAGUGAAUAUAUUGGCAAGUUUAACGCUAAGGCACUUGACGAGUCUUUGCUCAACCAUUUCAAGCUAUGAAGCUAUUAAGAACUAUACAUUUCCACAAAACUAUUACCAUGUAAUAAAGGAACAAAGUUUGUGGGUAUCAGGGUCUUUCCAACUGUUUCCUUCAAUUUGUAAUUCCCAGAACUAUUUAUAUCAUCAUUAUCAUUAUCUUUUCUUUUUGGUACUUUACCAA